UAGACUGUGCAGAGGCUUUGAAGUGGCUGGCUGCUUACCUUUCAAUGUAACGGGCUGCCAAAAGCGGUAGGAGUUCGUCCGCUACGGGCCAUGGCGCAUAAGCAUACCUUGCCCAUAGGAUGUUCAUAAGAUUGCCCAGACAGCGCCCCCGGUUGGGUUGGGUCUCGGAAAUAAUGUAACUCUACGGAGGUAUGUUUGGUCUAUUGGGUUCUCAUACCUUGUUCAGCCUCGAUUGGGUCUUAUUUACCGUUUUGGGCGAACCCCAUCCUCGGGACCUGGGAAUGUGUGGAAUAGUGUUAGUGUACGUGUACACUCAUACAGUCCAUACAGUCCAUACAGUCCAUACAGUUCACACAGCCCAAUGUCCCUCGCACGACGCGUCCAGUCCCGUAGCAUAUGUGACUACCGUACUAGGCAGGCCGCCGGAACUGCGGGAUAUUAAUCUUGGAGUUGCUCGCGGCAGUUUACCGUACCUAUGGGUCCACGGGAUCCACGGUUGAAGUCGAAAGGUUUACCUAGAGGACAGACCCAUAAGAUAGAUCCUACUCUAGCUGCUUCCAACGUAGGUAAAUGCAUGAAGUGCUGGCAUCUGAACCUGUCGCAGCUGGGGCGC